GGGAAAUUCAUCUUGCAUUGCAGCUGAGAUUUUAAACAGAAAUGGCUUCCUUCGCAGCUCAAACUCUCUUCAUAUUGUUCUUCACCCUCUUCUCAGCAUUCUUCAUUUAAAUCAAUGGAGAGUUCUCGAGGCAAUCCAUUAAUAUGUCCACAAAACGCAUGGAGAAAGUCAACCGUCUGCGUUUUUACUUCCAUGAUAUUGUAGAUGGAAAACACCCUACAGCCAUGCAAAUUAUCAGGCUACCAAACAAGACAGCUACAUCAUUUGGUACCACUUUCAUGGUGGAUGAUCCAUUGACAGAGAAGCCUAAGCCUACUUCAAAACUUGUGGGAAGAGCUCAAGGGAUUUAUGCUUUCGCUUCUCAAAAUGAUUUUGGGUUGCUUAUGGUCAUGAAUUUUGCUUUCUCAGAGGGAAUCUACAAUGGAAGUGCAAUCAGCAUUCUUGGCCGGAAUGCAGUCCUUGAUACCGUGAGGGAAAUGCCGAUUGUCGGAGGUAGCGGAAUUUUUCGGUUCGCUCGUGGUUAUGCUUUGGCAAAGACAGUUUGGCUUUAUAAGAAUGGAGAUGCCAUAGUUGAAUAUAAUGUGACUGUUGUUCACUUGUGAACAAUUGGUACAUGCAUGCAUGUGAUGUAAUUCGAUUAUGUAUGCAUUGGUUUGUUUUCUUCUUGCUUUAGAUUGUUUCUCCUAUUGACUAAAAAAGACAAUUGAUGUUAUUGUCAUUUAUACUUUUUGUGAGGAUCAAUAUAUGAGAAACUUGGGAUUGAAGGAGA